AAUGAUUCGAUAUUUACGCGUGACAGUAAAAGUCAAACUGAUUUUCUUCAUCUUAAAAAAUGGUUAUUGUGUUAUCCCCAAGUGAAAUGUUGUAUGGUGACACGUGGACAAUGUAUGUAGCGUGCGAAGCAAGGCGCCGGAAUGUUAUCAUACGAAUUUUUAACUUUCACUCCUUAUCCUUGAUAAACCAUCAUCCAGCCAAAAAAAUGCGUGAACCUAAAAUGUCUUGGAUUACUGAAGACACGCUAGAGGAAAGAAACGACAUGAGUGAAAAGAAAGAAUCUUGGCUGAAGACGUUCCUCAGAGGCUGGACAAACUUCAGUGUGGAGCGAAUAUUCCACUUGGAAAACAUAGAGAAGCGUGACCACCAAGAAGAAGUAGAAUUAUCACAUAACAAAUUUAAAUUUAUUCUUGACAGUUUUUGGUUGGUCAACAGUAGUAUUUAAUGUCAAUCCCACGAAUGUAGCAAAGAAAAGGAAGCAAAUGUUCGCCCGAACACAAAUAAAACAUAAUUAACACUUAAUGUUUUAUAAUAAAAAAUGUUUAGCACGUUCAGUUGUGCAGCA